AAUCACAAAAUCGAACCUGUGCGAUGCAGGUCCCUUUUGUGGAAUUCGUAUGUGGAAGCUUAGAUCCUAGUCCAUGGCAUGAUGGAGUUGUUGGUGUUUGCUGGUUUGAAGUAUAUAUUUAUAUCCCUUUAAUUAUAUUGUGUACAAUCAUCUCAUUUAUUUAUUGCGUUGUCCUGUGGAUGCACUUAGCAUUUGACAGUUUUUAUUGUUCAGUCUUCUAUUUUCGAGUGGCCAUAGAUAUAACAAUCGUUACCAGCAGUGGUUUGAUUAUUGUUCUCGGGCUUUUGCUUCCAUACUACGAGGAGGGGUUUUCCAUUAACUCUCGUUUUAUUGCAAUACACAAUUUCAUGACAGUAAUAUUCUGGAUUACAACACUAAUCCUUGAUUAUCUCCAUGGUAAAGCCCUAAAAUAUUCUUCAAGGGGUUCCUGGAUUCAUCUUUCCUUUUCAAUAAUAUACUUCUUUUGCUCAGCCAUCAACUGCUGGUCUUUUAGGAGACAAGUGGAUGCGCUAUGGAGGCCAUAUGUUAUUGUUAAUUGCUAUAUUCAAUUACUCCUGUUAUGUCUGCAUUUGCUUUCCAAGGUCCCAGUGUUCUACCCCUCGGAAGAGCCUAGGCGCAGAAGGGCUAGGAUCUUAAGACAAAAUUCCAAUAGCAUCCAGUUGCCUACAAAUUAUCAGUCAAAUGAAAUUACACAGAGACCCACUUCACAAAAUGUUAAUGACUGUGAAGAUUCGGCUUCAUGUUUUUCAAAGUUAUGUUUUUGUUGGGUUAAUAAUCUAGUGCGUAGUGGUUAUUACGGAGAAUUGUAUUCACUCACAAAUCUACCUUUGAUCCCUAAACGUCUGAAUACAUACACUUUGGAGUCGAAAGUCCCUAAAUUAAAGUUGAAAUCUGUAACUAUUGAUGAAGCAAUUAGACAAAGUCACGAUAUUUCUAGUGAAAGGUGUUCUAUCAAAGCUUGUGUUCCAUUUUUAAAAGCAAGUUAUGAAGCUUUCGGUCGUGAAUUCCUGUAUCUUGGUUUACUCAAACUUUUACUUAGUGGCUUCGGUUUAUGUGGUCCAAUAGUUUUAAAUCAUUUCAUUCUAAACGUGACAAACUCCGAAACUCCCUCAUGGUCUUGCAUUCUUGUUGGUUUCGGACUAGUGUUUUUGUCAUUGAAGAUUGCAGCUCUGAGCACAUCUUACAAUUACAAAAUGGCAAGUUUCGGCUUCAAAGUUAGAGUCAGUGUAACUGGAAUGGUUUACAGAACAAUUUUAUCCCUUAAAACUUCGUCACUUAAUUGUAUUGGAACAGGGUGUUUGGUUAAUUAUCUGACCUCUGAUGCUGAUAGAAUAGUCAAUUUCGCACCUAGUAUUCACGAAGUGUGGGCAAUGCCUCUGCAGUUAUCUGUUGCAGUCGGACUACUUUAUCAUCAACUUGGGCUUGCCUGUUUAGUAGGCAUUGGCUUUCUACUUGUGUUACUUCCUCUGAACCGUAUUUUAGCAGCACAAAUUGGGAAGUUUAGUCGCCGUUUGAUGGUAUUUAAGGAUACACGGAUUAAGCUGAUGUCUGAAAUUCUAUCAAAUACGGUUUCAGUGAAAUUAGCAUGUUGGGAGAAUUUGAUGAAAAAUCGUGUCAUGCAUUCUCGCAUUCAGGAAUUGAACGCUCUACGUGGUCAAAAGUUGCUGGACGCUUGUUGUGUAUUCUUUUGGGCUGUCUGUCCUGCAUUGUUAGCCAGUUCAACAUUCGCAACUUAUGUGGCUAUCGGUAACGAAUUAAAAGCUUCUGUGGUAUUUUCUAGUCUUGCAUUGUUUGGAAUGUUAAUUGGUCCGAUGAAUGCUUUUCCUUGGGUUAUUAAUGGUGUUAUGGAGGCAACCAUAUCCAUGCAACGUAUUACAAAACUUUUCUAUUUAUCGUCUGGUUCAUUUCCAUUAGAAUUAACUGAUACGCCGCUCUCUGAUGUUGGAAUUCCAACAGAUAUUCCGAUUGUUUGUUCUUUUGCCGAAAAAUCUACUAUCAGCAUGCCAGUAAAUAUUAUGAAUGAAUCAUUCUAUUAUACUAACUGCGAUAAUUUAGUUUUAAAAAAUAUCACUCUCCAGGUGCAGUGGGGAGAAUUAAUCAGUGUAAUUGGACCAGUUGGUUCCGGGAAAUCAUCUUUACUUCUAAGUAUAUUGGGUGAACUACAAUCGGUUGUUUCAGAAGACGAACUUAGAACUGAAAGUAUGAAAACAAAUCCACGACUUCGAUAUGCUUAUGUGGGACAAACUCCUUGGCUUCAUUCUGGAACUAUACGCGAAAAUAUUUUAUUUGGCUCAGACUGUGACUUAGCAUGGAUGAAUACUGUAAUUGAAGCGUGUGCCUUAAAAGCUGAUCUGGGUAAACUUCCGAAUGGUUUAGACACAGAUGUUGGUGAAGCUGGUGGAAGCAGCCUUAGUGGAGGUCAACGGGCUCGUGUUGCUCUUGCUCGAGCUGUUUAUCAAAAGGCCGAUGUUUAUCUUUUAGAUGACCCAUUAUCUGCACUUGAUGUUGAUGUUGGUCAACAGAUUAUCACCAAUUGUUUACUUGGUCUUUUAUCAGGAAGGACUAGAAUUAUCGUCACACAUCAGUUGGAUUGGUUAAUGAACACUAAAACUGUAAAUAAACGUGCUCAAGUGGAUUUUAUUGUUGAAUUGAAAGAUGGAAUAAUUACUCGAAAAAUUCCAGGUAAUCUUUACUCUGACAAUGAUGAUAACGACUGUGUGCAUCAAUUCGCUCUUGACAUCGACAGCGGUCCUACCUAUAAUGAAUCCACAUUAUCCAGUGAUAAUCAUCAUAACAGUAGUGAAAACAAUAAUAAUUCGACGUUGGAAAAUGAUGAUGUUCCGUUAAUUACUAUUAAAGACGACAGCAGUAUCAAUCGAUCCGAAUCCAGUCCGAAUUAUGUAAUCAACAAUAAUAACAAUAACAAUGUGAAUAUAAAUAUGGAACAUAUGGCAGUCGGUUCCAUUAGUCUCCAUGUCUACAAAUCAUAUAUUCAUUCUGUUGGCUACUUUUUAACAUUUUCCAUUAUCUUGUCUUUAUUGUUAAUGCAAGGUACUCGAAAUGCAUCUGAUUGGUGGUUAUCAUACUGGGUACAAAAUGGGAAUUUAUCUGCAGUAGUUUCAUCAUUUCAAGGCUCAUCUUACCAAAUAGAAUUAUUCCCAGGUAAUCAUACGAAAAAUAAAUAUCUUCACUCAACUCAUAAUUUAUCAUCAAUUGAUUACAAUUCAUCCAUUAAUGAAAUGCUUCAAACGAACAUACAUUCUGUUGUACGGUUUGGUGAGCCUAAUUCUAUCACUGGAUAUUAUUACUUAGAGAUCUAUGCAUUUGUAGUGAUAAGUAAUCUGAUUGCUACAAUAUUUCGUGCUGUUUUAUUUGCUUUCGGUGGUCUAGUCGCUGCAUCUGUUGUUCAUGAAUCUGCUUUGGACACAAUUUUGGAGGGACGACUGAAUUACUUUAAUACUACACCACAAGGUCGCAUUCUGAAUCGUUUCUCAUCUGACGUUGGUACAGUAGAUGACGCAUUACCAUUCCAAUUAAAUAUUCUACUAGCCAGUUUAGCUGGAUUAUUGGGUGCAUUAGUUAUUGUUUGUGUAUCACUACCAACGUUAAUCUUCUUUCUGCUACCUCUUGUAUUCAUUUUCUGGUCUAUUCAAAGGCAAUAUCGUGGAGCUGCUAGAGAUCUAAAGCGAAUUUCUAGUAUUGUUCGUUCACCUGUUUAUGCUCAUUAUACUGAUACUUUAUCUGGAUUAGCAGUAAUACGUGGUUUAGGUCAAGAAAUCCGUUUUCGACAAUUAACAGCUUGUAAAUUAUCUGAUCAAAUACGUGCUGAGUUAGCUAGUUUGGCUGCUAGUUGUUGGUUAAGUAUAAGACUACAAUUAAUUGGCAGUGCUGUGAUUACUGGUGUGGUCAUUGUAUCAUUAGUUGGUCGAUUAUUUGACUGGACACAUAUAGCUUCUAUUGGUUUGUCGGUUGUUUAUGCACUUAAUAUUUCGGGUUUAAUGACUAGUGUUGUGUAUGAUAUGACUGAAACAGAGAAAAAUCUUGUAGCUGUAGAACGUUGUCAAGAAUUAACUGAUGAUACUCCAAUUGAACAUGAUAUUGUAUCAAUUAAACCCAUGGGGCCUCAACCUCGUUCUUCGUCACACAGUCACCUUCGUUUACCGAAAGAGAGGAAAAGUGGUAUUGCUUAUCCCACGGGACUACUGCCUAACUGGCCAGCAUCUGGAUCCAUUUUUUUCAACAAUGUUUCGCUUACCUAUCGUCAAAACUCCCAGUCAGCUAAUGAACAAUCUGUUAAAGCUCUUGAUGAUGUCAGUUUUACUGUUAAACCCGGUGAAUGUGUAGGAAUUGUUGGACGUACGGGAUCUGGUAAAAGUAGCCUCAUCAAAGUGUUAUUACGUCUAGUUGAUCACCUCCCUGGACCGUAUACAAACCAAUAUAUAGCCAAUCAGAUGGGAUUUAUAGGUGCCACCGGUCAGGUGUUUGUCGAUGGAAUAGAUGUUCGCACUAUUCCUCUCACCUUACUUCGUUCUCGAAUUCUAACUAUUUGUCAGGAACCAUUUCUCUUUUCUGGGUGUUUACGAGAUAAUCUAGAUCCUGAGAAUAAGCUAAAUGAUUCUGUAUUAGAAGAAGUUUUAUUGAAAUGUCAACUGGCUACAAGUCGUUUACAAGCCUCUCAGUGGUUACUUCGUGAAGUUGGUGAAUCAGGACGAGAUAUAUCUGCCGGGCAAAGGCAAUUAAUUUGUUUAGCUCGAGCUUUACUUCGUCAACCUAGGCCGAAAAUUAUUUGUUUAGAUGAAGCCACUGCUUCAGUAGACAAUAAAUGUGAAGAAGCUAUUCAUCAAGUCCUUGACCAAGAAUUUCAAGAAGCCACAAUAUUACUCAUAGCCCAUCGACUUGCUUCAGUUCGCCGUUUGUGCUCACGUGUUAUAGUCAUGCAGUCUGGACGAUUGAUUGCAGAAGGUCCACCAAAAGAAACUUUAGAUACUAUAUUCAAUCAUAUUGAAACCAGAGAUCUGGUCACAUUAUAAACAGUGACAUUAAUUUAUAGAUCUGAUUUGUUUGCUAACUAAAUUAUGCAUUGUUUUAUUAUUUUUAAUAAUAUGUAUUUGAUUUCUUUCUGAUUAACAAUAUAUUUUUGCUAAAGGUACAUAUUGGCUGAG